AUGGCCGACACUGUGGAUCUCAAUGAGAUCACCGAGUACUUUGACGACGAAGAGGUGCUAGCGGACAAGUGCCGCGAGCUGGCUGGCCUGAUUGCGCAAGCGCGCAAGGGUUACUUUUUCACGGGCGCGGGCCUCUCGACGUCUGCGGGCAUCUCCGACUACCGUGGGCCAAACGGGGUGUGGACGCGGAGGGCGCAGGGGCGAUCCGCCCCGCGCGGGGUGAGAAUCACACAGGCGACGCCGACGUACGCGCACAUGGCGGUGGCGGCGCUUGUGGAGACAGGGGAGAUGCGCGGAGUGGUGAGCCAGAACGUCGACGGCCUGCACCGGCGAUCGGGGGUGGCGCGGGCGGACAUCGCCGAGCUGCAUGGCAACUGCUACCUUGAGGUGUGCUGGAAGUGCGAGAUGGAGCACCUACGGACGUUUGACGUCUCCGAGCGAAUCAAUGGGUCUGGGCGGUGCAAGGAGUGCGCCAAGCGGGUACCACACUUUUGCCACUGCACCUCGCGCAAGUGCGGUCGCCGCGGGUGUGGGGCGGUGCUCAAGGACUCGAUCAUCCACUUUGGUGAGAAUCUGCCCGAGGGAGAUCUGGAAAAAGCAUUUGCGUGGGGCCGCAAGGCGGAUCUGUGUGUGGUGCUCGGCUCGUCGCUGCGGGUGACGCCGGCGGCGGACGUGCCAGCCGAGACGGCGGGGCGCGGCGGAGAUCUGGUCAUUGUUAACCUGCAAAAGACACCGCUUGACGACGAGGCUUCGCUCAUCAUCCGCGGGCGCAUCGAUGAUGUGAUGACGCGAGUGAUGGCGGAGCUUGGGCGGAGCGACGAGGUGCUCCCGUUCUACGAGUCGCCGGCGGCCGUUGCCGAGGCGGCGCGGAUGGGUGUGCCCCCGCCGCCGGCCGCAGUGGCGAGGAUGGAUGGCGCCGCAGCCGCGCCAAGCUGUCCCGACACGCUUUUUGUUGGCAACACGGCGAGGGCGAGCAAGAAGAGCCGCAACACCAAGUGGACUGUGUACGUCCGCCCGGCAGUGGCUGACGCGCCCGAUGGCACCGCCGUCGACGACAUCAUCGAGACCGUAGAGUUUGGUCUUCAUUCUACCUUUUCCCCAUCGCAGAUUGAGGUGAGCCAAGCGCCGUACGAGAUCACCCGCGUGGGGUGGGGCACCUUUGACGUGAAGAUCCGAGUCCGCUUCCGCCCCGAGACCGGGCGAGCGCCGCUCGCGCUGGUCCAUCCGCUCUCGUUCUCUGCCGGUGGAUCGCAGGCUGAUCUUGUCCACCGCAUUGCGUUCAAGUGCGCGGCCGGCGAGGUGGCGCGGCUGUCGGCGACGUGUCGCAGGCUCCACCGCAUGCUGCUCGGCUCGGCCUACGGCCGCGACAAGACGCGGGUGCUCAAGGGGUUGGCCUGGUGCGUGGACGGCGGCUUCGAGCGGGCGGCACGGAUGGCGCUGGCCGAGCCGGGCGCAGAUCCGGGUGGAGACGACAACGAUGCUCUGCGGACAGCGGCGAUGCAGGGCCAUGCCGGCAUUGUCCGCGCUCUGCUCGCCCAUCCGGCAGUCGACGCCACCGUCUUCUUCAACGAGCCGCUCAUGUCGGCCUGCACAUACGACCACGCCGACGUCGUCCGCGCCCUGAUGGACAUGUCCGAGGUCGAUGUCACUGCACAGGAGAACCUAGCCAUUCGCUCGGCCUGUGCUCACGGCUCGAUCGACGUUGCUCGCCUCCUCCUCGCCUGUCCAGAGGUUGAUCCCGCCGCCUGUGGCGCAGAGGCUCUCGAGUGGGCCAUUCGUGGCGGCCACCUCGAGUUGGUGGCCGAGCUGGUGGCUGAUCCGCGCAUUGACGCUGCCGCUGAUGGUUCAGCCGCGCUAAGCGUGGCAGCAAGCGUCGGUGAGUGCGGCAUCGUCACGCUCCUCCUCGAGUGCCCGGGCGUGGAUCCCAGCGCCAACAACUCGCAGGCGCUGCAGAAUGCAUGCGCGGGCGGACACACUCAUGUGGUGGCGGCACUGCUGGAGGACGGGCGGAGUGAAGCUCAUGCGGAUCGGAAUGCGGCACUGCGUCGCGCCGCCGGUCUCGGCCAUGGCCGCGUCGUGGAGAUGCUGCUGACAGUUGAAGGCGUGGACGCGAGCGACAAGCACAACGACGCUUUGCGGACGGCGGCGUCCGAGGGCCACGCCGAGGUGGUGGCGCUGCUCAUGGCCUGUCCGAGCGUCGACGCCUCUGACUGCUGGAACGAGGCGAUCCGACUCGCCGCCUCUGCCGGACACGCCGACGUGGUGGCUCACCUCAUCUUGGACCCGCGGGUCAAGCCGGGCACCAACAACAACUACGCGCUGCGAACUGCGAUAGCCCUCGGUCAUGCUGACGUUGUGGCUCUCCUCCUCGCUCAUCCCGCGGUCAACGUCGACGCGGUGGGCAGCAAGAUGCUCCUGAUCGCGGCUCAAAACGGCCACGCCGCCGUGGCCCGCAUCCUCGCCGCCGACCCACGAUGUGCACGAUCAGAAGCCGAGCUCGUCUCUACUGCGAGCCUUGCGCGCAACUGUGGUCACGAUGACGUCGCUGAGGCCGGGACCGAGAGCGGGAGCGGGAGCGGGAGCGGGAGCGGGAGCGGGAGCGGGAGCGGGAGCGGUAGCGGGAGUGGGAUGGCGAGCUCGGACGAGUGCUGGAGCUGGAGCGAGAGCGAAAGGCCGGCGGUGCUGUGCGUGGCAGGGUAUCUGGCGGUGCGUGGGCGGAAGCGAGUGGGCCGGUGGCGACGGCGGUUCCUGGCGCUGGAGGACACGACGCUGACGGUGUACAAGAAGGAGGGCAAGAAGGCGCUGGCGACUCUGAGUUUUACCUCUGAUGCCCGCGAGACAUACAUCGAGGACUUGGCGUGUGCGACGCCUCCGGCAUCGCCGGCCAAGGCCGCCAAGGCCGCCGCCAAGGCCGCGCGCGCCGCCGCCAAGGGCAAGGCCAAGCCGUUCCGUGUCUCCAUCGGCGGCGUGCUGCUGCGGCUGCGAGCGCACACGCUCGAUGCCAAGACGGCGUGGAUGGACAUGCUCUCGGCAGCUAUCGAGAUGGCUGUUGAGCGCGGUGUGCCGUCGCGAACAAACGGCGGUGUGGCCGGGCCGGGCCCAUCUGGCGCGGGGCUUGCAGCCCUGCUCGACGGCGACGACGACGACGACGACGACUUGAUGGACGAUGACGAGGUCACGGUCAUGGACUCAGACUCAGACUCAGACUCGGGCAUGCAUGGCUCGCGCAAGUGGCGGCGUUCGGUGCGCCCGGGCGGGGUGCUGCGCCGGCUGCGACAGAGCUCGCAGACCUCGGAGUCGCUGAAGCGGGCCGAGGAACGCAACGCCGAGCUAGAGGCGCGAGUCGCCGAGCUCGAGUCGACCAACUCGGCCUUGACGAGCAAGCUCGCCGCAGCCGAGGAAGACCGCGAACUGCUCGCUGACGAGCUGCGGUCCCGUAGCGCCGAGCAUGAGCGGCUAGCGAGUGUCUUCUCGGCUCGCAUCGAGGAGCUCAUUGCCGAGCUCUCGGAUCGGGACGACGAGUUGGCUCGGCUCAAGGCUGCCGUUGUGCCGCCAGUGUGGAUCAAGAACAAGAACCGGAGUGGGUGCGCCGAGUGCAUGCUUCCCUUUACCGUCACCCGGCGACGCCAUCACUGCCGGCUCUGCGGCGAGAUCUUCUGCGCCAAGUGCUCGGCGCACAAGGUCCCGCUCCUCCGUGGCAAGAACAAGAGCGUCCGCGCCUGCAACCGAUGCGCGCUCCUCGCCAACACCUACUCGUGAGCGAUCGAGCCUGCCUCCGCCGACACUGUCAUGAUUGCAGCCCAGCAUGAACCAAUGAAGCAGGAAACAACCAAGA